UAGACGAAGAAACAAAACUAAAAAUGCAAAAAGAACAAGAAAACAAAGAGAGUGUAAUGGACUCUUUGCUGUGUCCAAGUUUCAGUGUUUAUUCUUCUAACAACCUAAACGACGUCGUUGAACAAGUUAUCAUCGAAAACGACCACUCACACUUCCAAUACGACAACGACAAUUUCGAAUUCGUCGUCUUUCAAAAAACCGCUGAUGAAGCUUUCUACAAUCACCGUCGCCGCAAUACAACUCAAGGCGUUUUCUCCAUCUCUAAACGUCACGACGUGACGGAGAGUUUAAUUCCGUUACGGGAAUUGAUGAGCCUCGAUAGUGACAGAAGAAGUAGCGACACGGUGGAGAUUUCGAUUCCGUCAUUGUCGGAGGUGGAAGACGAAGUGGUUCCGCCGAUGUCGUAUUGCUUUUGGACACCAAAAUCUCCGAUGAGAUCACCGUUGGCUUCUCCAAUAAAAUGCAAGAAAAGCAAUUCCACUGGUUCAUCUUCGAAUUCUUCAUCAAAGCGAUGGAAGUUUCUGAGUUUACUCCGGCGAAGUAAAAGUGACGUAAGCGAAGUGGAGAAAUCGAAGGUGAAAAGCAAUGGCAAAGAAAGCACAAAGAAAAACAUUGCUAAAAUUGCUGAAAAAAAUAUUCCGGUAAAGGAGAGGAAAAUGCCGGCAGCGGUAACAGCAACGGAAGCGGUUUAUUUAAGAAAGAAAGAGAUUAAGAGAAAAUCGUAUUUACCGUAUAAGCAAGAGCUAAUUGGUUUCCAUGCAAAUUUUAACUAUUUUUAGUCUAAAAAGAGAUUAGAACUAAAGGUUAAAGGUAUUAAUUUCUUACAUAAUUCAGUUUUGGAAUAGGAAAAACUGAAAAAGAAAAGUGAAUCAUAAUAUUAGUUUUUAUAUAGUGAUAUACAAUAUUUUUGUAACCGCUUGAAUUA